AUGGACUGCUAAGUAGGAGCAAAUUUUAAAAAAAGAACCUAAAGGCAAUCAAUAAAUUAUAUAAAUAGUUAAGUAGAUGAACAAAGAGAAUAACAAAUAUGUGAUACAUAGAUUGAUAGAUCUCGUCAAAGGUUUUUGUUUGAAUUAUAGAACAAUAAAUUACAAUAAUCACAUCAUGGAGACUCUGAUAUUUAAGAAAGCAGCUUUUAAGAAAGAGCAAGUAGUAGUAUAUUAGAUAUUAAGAACUAGUAAUCUGCUGAAAGAACAUUACAACCAAGUAAUAGUAAUGAAAUUAAAUAGACAUAUAAAAUAAAUUUAGAAAAUAAUGAUGAAACCAACUUUCAUGAAGAAUUUAGUAAUGAAAUGCAUUCCUAAAAGUAUGAAAAUUAGGAAUGUUAUCAUGAAAUUGAUAACUUCUAAGUAGGUGAUUCAAAAGUUGUCAAUCAAAUAUCUUCUAAAAUAAAUUUUAGUGGAUAAAAAAGUUUAAGUAACUAAGAUUAAUCUAGGAUAGAUGCUUCAUAAAACACAAUAGUUGAUAGAGAAUCUGAAUCAAAAAAAAAUAAUAGUGUUAUUUAGCGAAAUAGUCGUACAAAAGCAGAAGAAAAUGACUAAAUUUGGCUCUAAGAGGAUAUUUUCUAUGAAAAAAACUUCAAAACACUAGGCACAAAAGUAACAUUUGCAUUAAAAAAUAAAUAUCAAGAGGAGUAAGAAAAUAAUAGCUCUGUUAAACAUUAGUAGAACUUUAAAAAAGCUGCUAACAUAAUAAAUAGACUUUUAAAUACUUCUAUGAAUAGGCACAUAAUUAAGCUUAUCAAUUAAAUUUUAAGCCUUAUUACUGUAGCUCAUAUUGCUGCAAUAGGUUGGUAUUUUUUAGGUAUUUAAGAAAAAUAGAAUAAUUAGAAUAGCUGGCUUGAUAAGAGUGGUAUUGAAGAUAAUGCUUAUUAUGAAAAGUAUGCAUAUUCUAUUUACUGGUCUAUCACUACAAUGACUACAGUUGGAUACGGAGACAUUGCAGCUACAAAUUAUAUUGAAGCUCUUUAUAUUUCUGUUGUAAUGAUCCUCUUUAGUUGUGUAUUUGCUUACUCAAUAAACAACAUCGGUUUUAUUUUACAAGAAAUUGAAAAAUCCUCAAAACAGUUAAAUGAUGAUAUUACUAUAAUUUAAAGAUAUUUGAUUAGAAAAGAUGUGAAUAUUUAACUUAAAAGUAGAGUUCGACAUUAUUUGUCAUUCUUAGCAUAUGAAUAAAAAGAUAGAGAUAAAUAAGCAGAAGAUAAAAUAUUGUCAGUACUUUCCAACAAGUUAAGAGAAGAAAUAACAAUUGAAAUAAAUUCUAAAAUCCUCAAUAAUUAUUUUUUGUUUAGUUCUAAUUUUUCAUAAGCGACUUUGAACAAAUUAAUAUUCAUAAUGGAAGAAGUUCUUGUAAAUCCAAAUGAAGUGCUAAUUAGAGAGAAACAAUUUGAUGAUUCAUCUAUUUAUUUCAUUUAAAGUGGAAUUAUUGAGAUUUAUUAGCAACAAUUACAGAAUUAAAACAAAGUAAAUGUAAUAAAUGUGUUAAGAGAUGGGUAAAUAUUUGGUGAAAUAUCUUUUUUCUCUGGGCUACAAAGAUAGGCAUCUGCAAGGAGUGUGAAUUUAUCUACCCUUUAUAAAAUAAACAGAAGUAAAUUCAUAGAAAUAUUAAAAGAAAAUACAGAAGAUUUUGAGAAAUUCAAAAUGAUACAAGAUUAGAUAAUAUUUUAAAAUGAUUUGUAAGUCAUUCAUACAGAGUGCUAUAGCUGUAAAAUAGUUGGUCAUAUAGCUAAUUAAUGCCCUAAAACUCACAAAAUUAAAGAUCAGCAGAUUAUAGUUUUAAAAUAAAAUUAUUCUACCUUUUAAGAGAGAGCUUAAAUCGAAAGAAAAAUCAAAAAAUAUAAAUUUCAAUCAAUGAAUUAGAUAAAGCAAAAUAAAGAUAUCUUUAACCGCUUGAAAUUAAAUUUAAAAUAGUAGAAUGAUUAAAGCUAUAUGCUAUUUUAAACAAAAGAAUAUCUUCUCACUUCUGAGUAUUCUUAAUCUAAAUAUUAAAAUGAAGAUGAUGAUGAAGAAAAUGAAAGUUUAUCAUAAAUUCCAUUAUAUUUUGAUUAACAAAGUGUUAACUCCCAAAAUGUCUCAAAAACAUAUUCAAUAAAAAAAGCAGACAAAUUACUAAAAACUAUAAAAAAAGUAAAUAAUUAUAUUUUAUAAAGUAAUGAAGAAAACGAAUCAUUAUUCAAUUAAGAAAAUCAAUGCCACAGCAAUAAAUCUUUAAAUAAUUAAGAAAACUUUGAGUUAAAAAAAGCUUAGUCUAAUACUUUAUACUCUUAUGUUAAGACUAAAUCACUGGAUGUAACAGAUAAUAUUAACAGUAAUACUAAAUAGGAAUCUUCUUUUAAUGCAAUAUCUAGUAAAAAUGCAUAAAUAACCGAAAAUAAUUGUAGAUCAAUUAAUAAAAAUGAUACAGAAUUUUUAAAAUAAAAUACAAACGAAAUCUAAAGUUAAUAAUCAAAUCAAUAAAACGAAGAAGGGUUUAUUAACUAAAAAUCAAUUUAACAAGCUGCUAAUUUAAUCAAUUAAUCUGAUUAUGAAAAAAAAUAACUAAAAUAAGGUUCUAACAAUAGCAUUUUAAAUAUCUAAUAUUCUAACAAAAUUUAAAAUCAAUAGACUGAUGAUCUAAAUUUGUCAUUUAAAGAUGCUUAAAUUUAAUAGCCUAACUUUACUGAAAAUUAAAAUAAACUAUUAACAAGCAUAAGUAUGAAAUCUAAAUCAAGAAAUAAUGUUUCAUAAAAAAGUUUAAAACUAUUAAAUCAAAACUAAAAAGAAUAACCUAGAUGUUCAGUUGAAUAAGUGUUAUUAUAAAAUAUUCUUCUUAAUGGUUUAAUUAGUGACAAAAGAAUUUCUCAAUUAUAAUAAAAAAAUAGUCAAACCUAGUUAUCUAACAUCCAAGAAAUAAUUGAUAAAUGCAUAAAUUACACAAACAGAACUAUAAAAGACUCUAAAGAAAAAACACCUAGCUAAUAAUCUAAUUUGAGCCUAAAUUAAGUUAAUAACUCAAAUAUAAGAGACUAAACGCUUUAUGUCUAUGGUAACUCAUAAUAAAUUUAGCAAAAUUAAUAACAAAAUCAAAAUAAUAAUAGUAAUCGUAAUAGUGAUAUUGAUCUUAUUAAAAAGCUUUCAAAAAUCAUGUAGAAUUCAAAUAUACCUUUGCUUUUGUAGCUAGCAAGCGGUAAAAGCUUUUUAUAACCAAGAGAAUCUUAGAUUUUAUCACUAUCAAUGGAUUAAUUUGACAAACUCCAUUAAUUCAAAAAAUAUUUUAUUCAUAAUAACUUUGAAAAAGUUAUUUAAAAACUAAAAAAAUUUUAAUAAUAGUAAAAGAAAUUUAAGAAAAAUAAAUUAGCUUCAAAGCAACGUCGCUACAAUAUAGGGCUUGUUAAUCAUACUAGGCUUUCUAUUUUUCACGGAAACUCAAAUUUAAUUAAGUUUAUUCCAUAAGAUUAUGAUAUAAAUCAAUAUAAACCUACUCAUCUAUCUUAUGGAGUAAAAAUGUAAAAUGGUGUUUAAUUUCCAAAAAACUUGUAAUCAAUUUAAAAUAAUUGA